UAAACAAGUUUGGGUUUCAACACCACCUAAUUUGGCAGUUUCACAAAACUCAUAGAAAGGGAGGGAGAACCAGUCUAGCAAGAGAGUGAGUAGAAACCACCAUCUUAUCUCUCUCUCUCUCUCUCUCUCUCUCUCUCACUCAUGGCACACAACAAUGACGACGGCAGCAGCAGCCCUAGGGUAACGAUUAGGUACACGGAGUGCAGGCGAAACUAUACCGCUGGCCUCGCCGUUGAUGGGCGCCUUUUGUAUGUGAAGAUUACUGAUCCGACAGUCCAAAAUCAGGAAUCUUACAUCUGCGCCACCUGUGGUUGUCAUCGGAGUUUCUACUGCAAGCAGGAGGAACUCAACCACUUCACCGCCGCAGCUCCGCUUUCACUGCUCCCUCCUCAGCGGCCACCACACCGAUCACACCGACAGCCACCACAGCCAGUGCCGAUACAACCAUAACCAGAUCCACCAAAAAACGAUUGGAUGCAGAUAGAUGAUGAAUCCAAGCCACUAAAGAAGCGAAAAAUGGAUGAUAAAUCAAAGCCACUCAAGAAGCGAAAGUGGUCUAGGACCAGAAAUGAGAACAACUGGGCAUUCAAUUUCAAAAGACCCUUAUUGGCAUGGGAGGAAGAUGAACUACAGAGAUUUUGUGAUGCUCUAGGUGAGGGCCCUGAAUUGAGAUUGGAUUCUACUGAUAGUAUUUUAUGGAAAGCUGAUCCUGUAGAUAUUUUUAGUGUUAAAGACACUGUUAACUGGUGUGAAUCAUCUAAUGGUCCUGCUCUACAAAUUCUUGACUUGAUCUGGCACAAUCUCCCUUUCCACCUAAAGCCCAAUUUCUCUCUUGGUUAGUCUGGAAAGGAAGGUUAAAGACCUCAGAUUCUUUACAUAGAAUUGGUAUCCUAAGUCAUGAAGUCAGUAAUGAGUGUGUGUUUUGUCAUGCAGAUAUUGAAUCACUCAAUCAUGUUCUAUUGAUCUGCCUCUUUGCUUGAAAAAUAUGGUCUACCAUAAUCAAGUGGUGAGGGUUGCAAUGGGCCGCCCCUAGCUCCGUGGACAUACUUAUGCACUAGUAAAUAGGGUGGACUUAUAGAAAAAGAAAGAAACAACUAUGGAGAUCAGUUUUGAUUGCUGGUUUGUGGUCCCUUUGGAAAUGCAAGAAUGAUUGUUUGUUCAAUGAUUUGCAACCCAUUUUGUGAUGACCUCUGUGAGUUAAUUAAAACUAGAGUGGCCCUUUGGAUGAAAGCACAUUCAUUUGGGCAAAGGUAUGCGGUGGAUGAGUUUGUCUAUAAUAUUCAACAAGUGAGAAGAUGCUUAUAGUUCCUCUGCUGAGUCUGUGUGUUGGGCCUAUGUGGGGGAAACAGUGGAGGUGAUUUGCUGUUAUGAUUUGUUUGCUUGUUCAAUGAUUUGCUGCUGUCUAUUCAACUAAUUUGCUGCUUUGAUUUGCUUGCUGUGAUAUGUUGUGUCCUAUUUUGCACUGGUCUGCUGUGUUCUGUUUGUUGUUGUGCUCUGUUUUGCUGUUGUGUAGCAGGGAUGCUGUGUAGCAGAGUAUUACAUUGAAUUACGGUGAACUAGCAGGCUGGGGAUGAAUGGCUGAACUGAGGUUGCUCUGCUGCUAUUUUCCUUGUUAUGCUCUGCUGAUGUUUCAUUGAUCUGGCUUGAUGAGUUUGCUCUGCUGCUGCUGGUCUUGCUUUGUGAUAUGUUCUGUUGUUGGUCCUGUGUUUGUGGUAUGCUCUGCUGAUCCACUGUGGACUACUGGUAUGCUCUAUUGAACUGAUAUGGUUUGCUUAUAUGUGUUGGUUUGCUAUGCUCAGCUGUGGACUGUUUUGUUAAGGUGUUUUGUUCUGUCUCUUUGGUUGGUUGCUCACUAACUCAGGCAGCGCUAGUAAAUGAUAGGAUGAUCUUUUUGGUGCCAACCUAGUUGGAAUGAUUUAGCUUAUCAUGAUGCUUUUGUACCUGCCUCUCUUUAUUUAUGUAU